AUGAGUCUGUGGAAAACGCUUUUCGGCAAAAGACGCUCGGCAAUCAACCAGCUCUACGCGGAAGGCCAUCGCUUGCUUCCUGCGUAUAGUAGCGAUGAGGUUCCUGCUGGUAUGCCGGUUAAACAAGUCACAAAGGUUGCGCUCCGCCUGAAGUACCAGAUCGAGCAAGUGAUUCCAUGUGAACUAGACGAAUCUGUCAUUACCAACCCCAACAGCAGCGUCAUUACCAAAGAUGUCAUACGAACGGCAGAAAGAGCUGGCGGAGAAGAAUAUCGUGCCUGUGUUAUCUUCUGUCUCCUAGUAUGCUCGAAGUGGUUCAAGUUGCAGGCUCUUAGCGAGCUAUGGGACGCUUCGCUUCUCGAGUGUCGAGCCACUGCUUGCGAAGUCAUCGCCAAGCACAUAAUUGAAUCGGAAAAAGACGAGGACUGGCUUAUCAAGGAAGCCCUACUCAAACGGUACUCAAUACUUCGCAAGGGUGAACAGACGGCUCCGAUGAGUGUCGUAGAGCGCGCAGUGGAUAUGCAUACACUUAGAGUUAUCGGGUCAUCAGGCUACCAGAAGUGUAUGAGGUAUCUCUGGAAAGGUUGGCUUGUACAGGAUGAUCGGGAUCCCUCGCGGUUCAUCGAAUACAAGGACAAAGACAACACGAGUUACUGGUCUCAUCUCAAUCCAGAUAGGAUGAGGGUGCCUAUGUACCAGAACUCUCUCUUGAUCUUCUUCUCAUUUCUCUACUUGGUCCUUUACACCGCUGUCAUUAAUACAGUAAAUCCCACUGGAGACCUCGAUGUUGCAGAGGGAAUCCUAUACACGAUGACACUUGCGUAUCUCUUGGAUGAAUUAAACAAGAUUUUGAAGGUUGGUAGAUAUUACAUCGGCUUUUGGAAUGUCUUUAACUUCACUCUUUAUAUGUUACUGGCAGUAUCAUUCAUUCUUCGCAUGGUGGCAUUGAUACAUUCAUCCAACGUUGACGACACGGAGCGUCGUCAUUUCAACCAGCUGAGUUAUGACUUCUUAGCCUUUACAGCCCCCAUGUUCUGGAUGCGCCUACUAUUAUUUCUGGACACUUAUCGAUUCUUCGGUGCUAUGCUGGUUGUUCUCAAAGUCAUGAUGAAAGAAAGCUUGAUCUUCUUUGCACUACUUUUCGUAGUCUUGAUAGGGUUUUUGCAGGCUUUCAUGGGAAUGGACAAUACCGACUUCGAUAUUCCUGUUACUGGAACAAUUAUCAAGGGAAUGGCAAACAGCAUUAUGCAAAGUCCUGACUUUGAAGCCUUUGAAGGAUUUGCCCCGCCAUUUGGUAUCAUCUUAUACUAUAUCUUCAAUUUCGUUGUUAUGAUCAUCUUGCUCAAUAUCCUUAUUGCACUAUACAACAGUUCCUACGAGGAUAUCUCGGGGAAUGCAGACGAUGAAUUCAUGGCACUAUUUUCGGCAAGAACGCUCCAAUACGUACGAGCUCCAGAUGAGAAUGUUUUCAUUCCUCCAUUCAAUUUGAUCGAAGUCUUCGGCCUCAUCUUACCAUUUGAAUGGUGGAUGCCAUCCAAUACCUACGAGCGUUUGAAUAACUACAUAAUGGGCGUAAUAUACUCCCCAUUGCUCUUAAUUACUGCCUACAUUGAAGCCCGUGAUGCGCGCCAGAUUCGUUGGAAUCGCCAUUGUGGCGAGGCCGACGACACAGUCCAUCAAGAAUGGGAAGAACUCGCCGCCGAAGUAAGCUUUGAUAUCACUGGCACUGAUGACUGGGGUGAGAUAGUCCAGAAGACGAAGCCUAAUGUUGAGGUGCCUACGGCCGUAUUGGAAAUUAGGGAGCUGAAGGAACAGGUCCGGGUUCUGACCGAGUCGAUUCAAACUCUGGAAGCGAGACAGAGGUCUACUUCCGCUGUUAAUGGGGAUUUGAGUAAUGGUUCCAGGUAG